AACUUUUUAACUGCAAAUUUACCCUUUAUUUUUUCCCAUGAUCAGAAGCAGAAAAGUUUCAAGUCACCGGAAACAAAUGUGAUUAUCAUUACACAGCAUGUUUACCGGCAAUCAUCGAAACGGCGGCGCCACCUUCAGUAAUGGCGGCAACAGCAGCAGUAAUUAUUCCAAAGGAAGCGGUCUUUAUAGCAGUAGUAAUAAUGGUAACACUAACGGUGCAAAGGUGAUGACGAAUUCGUCAGACAAGCAAAUUUCUUCAUCAUUGAACUCCAGUUCGAAGUCAAUUUCUUCAUCGUUGAAGCCCAAGCCCCGCAGGAGCUCCACUGCCAGCCUAAACAAUGUCAAGUCUGAUUCCGGAGGUUCAGUCAUGCUAGUGUUAUAUGUUGCCUUUCCUCCCAAUUCCCUGAAAGAAACUUUUUUUUUUUUUUUGUUCAGCCUUUUCCAGUGUUGAUUCUUGCAUUAUAUGUGACAUAUAGUUAAUGGUCCCUCUUCAAUUAUUAUGUUUUUGAAUUAAUUAGUUUUUGACUGGCUUGCUUGAAUUGUAGUUGGAGGGAGAGUUCGAGUUGCUGUGAGAUUAAGGCCUCGAAAUGCCGAAGAGUCUGUUGCUGAUUCUGAUUUGCCUGAUUGUGUUGAAUUGCAGCCUGAGCUUAAGAGACUGAAGCUUAGGCGAAACAACUGGGAUUCGGACACGUUUGAGUUUGAUGAAGUGCUCACUGAAUUUGCUUCACAAAAGCGUGUUUAUGAGGUUGUGGCCAAGCCUGUGGUUGAGAGUGUUCUGGAGGGUUACAAUGGUACAGUCAUGGCAUAUGGACAGACUGGUACUGGAAAGACCUACACUCUUGGACUCUUGGGAGAUGAAGAUACAUCAGCUCGUGGAAUAAUGGUGCGUGCAUUAGAGGAUAUUUUGGCUGAGAUAUCGCCAGACACCGAUUCUGUGUCCGUCUCCUAUUUGCAGCUUUACAUGGAAACCAUUCAGGACCUUCUCCGUCCAGAGAAUGACAAUAUUUCAAUUGUUGAAGAUCCAAAAACUGGUGAUCUUUCAUUACCGGGUGCUACAACCGUAGAAAUCAAGGAUCAGAAAACUUUCAUCGAACUAUUACGUGUAGGUGAAGCUCAUCGCUUUGCAGCUAACACAAAACUGAAUACAGAAUCUUCCAGAAGUCAUGCGAUUCUGAUGGUGCAUAUAAAGAGGUCUCUCAAGGGUAAAGAUUCCGCUCUUUCAAAUGAAAAUGGUAAUCUUUCUCAUUCCUCAAAAAAGUUGAAGCCCAUUGUUCGUCGAGGAAAGUUUGUUGUUGUAGAUUUAGCUGGUUCCGAGCGCAUUGACAAAUCAGGAAGUGAGGGUCAUACACUAGAGGAAGCCAAGUCAAUCAAUCUUUCGUUGAGUGCGCUAGGAAAGUGUAUAAAUGCGUUGGCUGAAAACAGCCCACAUGUUCCAAUCCGGGAUUCAAAACUUACUAGAUUGCUUCGAGAUUCAUUUGGAGGUUCUGCAAGAACGUCGUUGGUAAUUACAAUCGGGCCAUCUCCACGGCACAGGGGAGAGACAGCAAGUACCAUAAUGUUUGGGCAAAGGGCCAUGAAGGUGGAGAACAUGCUGAGAAUCAAAGAAGAAUUUGAUUACAAGAGUUUAUCAAGGAGGCUUGAUAUUCAAUUAGACAAGCUAAUUGCAGAAAAUGAAAGAAAACAGAAAGCCUUUCAGGAUGAGAUUGAAAGAAUAGCAAUAGAAGCACAGAAACAUGUUGCAGACAUUGAAAGAAACUAUGCUGAUGCAUUAGAGAAGGAGAGACUUAGCAUUGAAAGAGAGUGUAUGGAUUCAACAGAGAAGCUUCAGCAGCAAUUAUUAAAUGUCCAGGGGAAGCAUGCAGAUGGAAAAGUUGGUUUUCUGCUCAAGGAUGAUGGCAGUGAUAAGAUGCCUAAUAGUGAGUAUGCCAGGUUACUAGCAGAACUCGAUGAAACUAAGCAGUUGCUUCAAAAUGAAACUUUGCAACGGAAAACUGCAGAAGAAGAAAUUUUUAAUUUAAGAAAUCAAUUAGCACAAUGGAAAAAGUUGGAGGCAGUGAAAAGUUCUGAAAUUAUAAAGCUCCAUAAGAUGUUGGAAGAUGAAUCACAGGAAAAAGAAAAACUUGAAAAAGAGAUUGCGGUGUUACAGAACCAGCUUUUGGAAAUAAGCUUUGAAGCGGAUGAGACAAGGAGGCUAGACGUGGAUGAAAGUGGAAAACUAUCUGGUGAUUUAACUUCCCUCAUAUCCCAAGCAAAUCAUCCAUCCAUAAAAGACUUUGAAGAUGGGGAGAAGCCCUCCAUGGCAAAACUCUUUGAGCAAGUGGGGUUGCAGAAGAUUCUGUCAUUACUUGAUGCAGAAGAUGCUGAUGUGAAAAUUCAUGCAGCAAAAGUUGUUGCCAAUCUGGCAGCUGAAGAGUCAAAUCAGGAAAAAAUUGUUGAAGCUGGUGGUCUAACGUCAUUGUUGAUGCUUAUUAGAAGCUGUGACGAUGAAACCAUUCAAAGAGUUGCUGCUGGUGCAAUUGCAAACCUUGCGAUGAAUGAAACCAAUCAGGAGCUCAUAGUAUCUCAAGGGGGCAUAAACUUGUUGUCAACUGCAGCUGCUAAUGCUAAUGAUCCUCAGACGCUUCGCAUGGUUGCUGGUGCUAUUGCUAAUCUUUGCGGCAAUGAUAAGUUACGUGUGAAGUUGAGCAGUGAAGGUGGGAUUAAGGCAUUGUUAGGAAUGGUUAGAUCCCGGCAUCCUGAUGUUUUAGCCCAAGUUGCCCGUGGAAUCGCAAAUUUCGCAAAAUGUGAAUCCAGGGUAUUUACUCAGGGGAACAAAAUGGGAAAAUCUCUUCUAAUUGAAGAUGGCGGCCUUCCAUGGAUAGUGCAAAAUGCAAAUAAUGAUAUCUCAUCCAUCAGGAGGCACAUUGAGCUAGCCCUAUGUCACUUAGCACAGCAUGAAGCGAACGCAAAGGAUCUGAUCACUGCAGGUGCUCUGUGGGAGCUUGUCAGGAUUGCACAAGAAUGUUCACGAGAUGACGUAAGGAGUCUUGCGUAUAAAACACUAACUUCCAGUUCCAGUUUCUUAGCCGAAGUGAAGCGUCAACGGAUUGAUUGCCGCUGAAAAAAAGUGUCGUUAGCUCAUUAGCUAGACUGGAAAUGCAGCAUUUUUGUAAGGUUUUGGUGUCGAAUAUUAUUAGUUCAGCUAGGUCAUUUGUCCAUAAAAAUGUCGUGCAAUAUCCGAUUGGGAUUUGCAAGAACUAGAUGCUGUGCUGUCUUCUUCGUUAUUUCGACGUUUGAAGGCGUAAGUUAACGGUAGCAGUUUGUUUAUACUUGAUCCGGAUGCCUGAAGUUGUGGCAUUUGGCAUAUUCUGUAAAAGUUGCUUGAACUAAGUUAGGGCUCACCUCAAGUUUCUGCUUGCUGUACAGUUGGUGUUUAAUUUGACUGUUUAUAUUAAAAAAAGAAACGAAGUUGAGAAGGUAUUUAUUAACUUCUCUAAUUUUAAUUCCACUUUUUAUGUUCAAAGAAGUACGUUCUUUUAAGAG